UUUUAAAAAAUAUUUUUCGUUCCAUUUAAAUAGCAAGAUAACUUGAAUUAAAAUCGAUGAUGAGGGAAGAGCGAAGACGAAGAAGGAUGCUGCGGUAACUGCGAGGCGUCAUUAUCGUUCCGCGUCUCUCCCUCCCCUUCUCCCCCUCUCCCCCGUGUCACGGAAGCGUUCAGGAUGCAAAGUAGCAUUUGUACGUAUCCUGCGGUGGGACAUCGUCAGCUGUUAACUUUUCGAGUUAGCGGAGCAGAUAAGGGCCCAUGGGCGGUGGCGGAAUAGCACUUUGCCUCCGAGUUACACCGCGAUAGGCGUAGCGUCAAACUUUCGCUGUGAAACCUGUGAAACCGAAUUAGAAUCGAAGAGGUUUCCAAGAGCGUUCGAUAAAAGUCGAUCAGGAGGAGACUCGAAUCGUUCUAUCUAUUCAGUCACUUUCUGGCUCUUUCACAGUGAAUACCUACAAGAAAAAUGAAAACCAUCCUUACGAUUAUCUUUAGUAUUAUACUGAUUUCGGAGGCCAAAGUUGCUCCGACUAGCACUACCAAUUCUCAAGGAACUCCUGAUGUUCAACUAAGCGAACUUAUAAGCCAGACUCAAGCAAACAUCAACAAUUUAGCAAAACAAAUUCAGGAACAAUGGAAUAUCCCUGAUCAAGACACUAUUGUAAAAACUGUCAAAGAUCAAAGCGCCAAUUUCGUUAACAAUAUUCAAGAUUACAUAAAGAAUGUUACUGAAGAGGUCAAAACCAAAACUCCCGAAUUGGAAAGAUCAUGGAAUGAUGUUAAAACCAUGCUCUCCAUGGUCCAACUCUUCCUUCCAGAAACGUUCGUUUUUUCGAAUAAGGAGGAAAGAAAGGAAGGGAAGAAUAAUGGAAAAAAAUUUUCCUAAAAAAGAGUAUUUUAUUCUUAUAGACGAGGGUAAAUGAAUUAAUAUAUGCAGAAUACGACCAGGACAAAUGUUUGCCGCGUGCAUGUUCGAUUAAUAAUUCACUAUCGCUGGACCGCAUCGGUUGAUCCUAUAAUUAUUCUCUAAAUAGUGAAACAUAAACAGAACGAUUACCCGGCUCAUCGGGAGAGUGUUUCGUAGCAGUCGAAUAACGUGCAAUUAUUCGGUUAACUGGCCGGAUAAAUUAUUCAGUAUUUCGCGUGCAAAUCAAUGCCUCGCCGCGACUCGACACGAUUUAUGGGUACGGUAUGCUACGCUGUUUCCCUACUUUCACAGAAAUUCUCUCGCCUCUAUUCGCUCGGUCCCUGGCCGAGUUUCACUUUUAUUUUAUUCCGCUUUGAAGCGUUACGUUACGUUACGUUGCGUUAAACUUUGACAAAAAUAAUUACUUACCUUCGAAACGAGAGCUAAUAAUAUUAUAAUAAGAUGUGGAAUGAACGCGAGGGGGGAGCUGUGUCACAAAUCGUAUUCAACGGAUUCAUCCAAAUAUUAAUAUCGUAUCCGGAUAAAAGUUAAAAACGAGUAUUUUUAUAUU